UUACGAACCACAAUACCAUGGCCAUCUCCACCAAAAACCUUCUUCCACCUUUCUUCAUUGCCAUUUUCCUUACACUACUCAACUCCGCAACCUCCACAGAUUCCCUUUCCUUCAGCUUCAUCAACUUCGCCCCAGACGAAAGAAACCUAAUCCUACAAGGCGAUGCAGAAAUUUCCGCAGACAACAAUGUACUUAAACUUACCAAGACAAACGCCACCGGCCACCCACUGCCCUACACCGUAGGCCGAGUCUUGCACACAGCACAAGUGCGCCUUUGGGAACAAAGCACCAACAGGCUCGCAAGCUUCGAGACUCAGUUCAGCUUUUAUCUCACAGGACCGUCCGGUUCUGCGGCCGAUGGUAUAGCCUUCUUCAUUGCACCAUCAGACACUACCAUACCGGCCGGUUCAGCCGGAGGGACGUUGGGCCUUUUUGACCCUGAAACCGCUCUUAACACUUCUGCAAACCAAGUUCUUGCAGUUGAGUUCGACACCUUCGUGGAUCACAACUCAAACAAAUGGGAUCCAUACUACCGUCACAUCGGAAUCGAUGUCAAUUCCAUUAAAUCCUCGGCAGUUACAUAUUGGUCAAGGAGAGAUAAUCAAGUCCUUAACGUCCUCAUAAAUUAUAACCCUAAUACUAAAACCCUAACGGUUGUUGCUACUUAUCCUGAUGGUCAACGAUUCGAACUAUCUCAUGUCGUUGACUUGAGGACUGUGCUUCCAGAAUGGGUUAGGGUUGGAUUUUCAGCUGCUUCGGGCCAACUAUAUGAAACGCAUAACCUUGCCUCAUGGUCUUUCACCUCAUCUUUGUUGUACACUGCUCAGAAGGAGAACCAGUUUAUUAAACUUGCACGUGGUGCAUGAUUUCAAGAUAGAAAGAUCUCUAUGUAUGUCAUGAAUGCAUGCAUGUAUUCCAAUAACGAAGGGCGAGUAGCGUUGCACGUGGUCUAAGUAUUUUAGGUGUUUAUUGUUAUGUUGUUGUGACAUGUGUUAAAAAUAAAAUUUCGUAUGUCUAGUGAGCUAUUGACUUUA